AUGCAGGACAACUUCGCUGCAAUGAUUGCCUCGGACGUCGCGCCGAUAUUCUUUGGGCUCGUAGACUCGAGCCCCCAGGGCGGCAGGUACCUUGACAAGGGACAGGGCGGCCCUGUUCGCCCGUAUGCUGCUGCUGGAAUGGACGACGAGGGCAAGUGCACUGCGGUGGGCAGCGUAGCUACAGCUGUGGAUGAGGCUCUUACCAGUCCGAUGUUUUGGUCUUUCUUGCAGCUCCUGAACCGGUGUCCAGAACUGGCGGCUGGCGAGCUCGAUCAGUUUUUGGAGGAUACUUUCCGUGCGGAGGUUGCUCAGUUCGUUGUCGAGCACUGCGCUGGUCUGGCAGAGCACGACAAGGCCUCUUUGCUCAUGGAUUUCGAGAGCGGGAAACGCCGCAUCGCCUUGCAGCUGCGCCUCAAGACCGACGCAUGUACAUGGUCUGGCCAGCUGGGCUCCUUGGCCCAGGCUCUGGCGGCGGCGGCCCAGGCCCCGGCGCUGGCGAUGGUGAAGAUGUCGAUGGUGACAGCGGCGAUGGGCCGCCGAUGCCACCGCCUGUUGCAGGCGCUCCCAGCGCCCAAGGGGGCGGCGGAGGUGGCGGCCAGCCAUCCGGAUCUGGAGGCGGCGGCGGAGGUGGUGGCAGCAGCAGCUCGCGCGGACCAGCUGCAGGUGCGCCAGCAGGACGACGGCGGCGAGCUCAGCGGGAAGCAGGACACCGGGCAGGCGCUGCAAGCUUGCAUCGCGCCUGAAGCUUGGGGAGGUGAAGGCACUCUGGAGAUCGACACAGCUUGCGAGGAACAUUUCAAGCUCCACGCUUGCCUGCUGAUGUCACAGGAGCAUGAAGUGGGCGUAGAGGUUAUUCCGCACCUGAAGCCGCCGAAGGACUACGCUGCCCUCUUGGCUUUGAUCGGCGUGAAGUCUGGCAAGCAGUCUCGCAAGGUGCAGAAGGCAGCGGUGAUUGAUGACUGCGGCGGCUUCGACGUUCCUGCUCCGCGACGCCACGUGCCUGAAGCUGGCGCCGCCAAAGGCGCCAAGGCAAGUGGUAGGCCGGAGGGCGCAACCGCUGCAGACAAGCCUGCAGAGGCAGAUGCCAAGCUCAGACCCGAGAAGGCAGCGAAGCAGGAGCGCGGAUGGGUUGACAACGUGAAAGUGCACCUGACUCGCGGCGCGGCCCUCAGCGAGCAGUACGCCGGGAAGGGGACUGGCAUGAGCGUUUUUAGUAAAAUCGUCAAGGUGCUGGGUAUGUCCGGUAUGCUCGACGGGCCCAACGGCGACGACGACUCCAACAUGUACAUGGGCGUGUCGGUGGAGAUCAAAAAAAACACGCCCAGAAGGCUGACAACGCAGUGGACGUCAUCGUGA